AUGGGGAUACCCCGAAUCAUGGUUGUUCGGGACAUCCCUAAAACUAUUAGGGAUAGGCUUCCUGGCAUAUCAGCCCAUGGUCGUUGCAACAUUUUUAUGCAGAAUCGGCCAACCGCUGCAAACGUUGUACCACUGCCAUUUAAAUUCUGGGCCGCUAUGCCCAACUGCCUGACCUUAGAGCUUUGGGCUGACCAUGAAUGGUUACCGGACAGGGCAAAUUCUAUGAGAAGCUUUCCAUUGAAUAUCGCAACUCCAAUUGGGGUAUCGGUUAAAUUUCUCGCUCUGAAUUUUGGUGUUUAUAUUGGAGUUUUGUGGUUGAUUUCUAUACUAGUCUGA